GUCUUCCUAAAAGUCGGGCAAUACGUAUCUUUCCGUGGUAAGAGACAAAGCAGACGACGGGAGAGUAACGAGAACCCAUAUAGAUACCAAGCAAGUAAUAAAGUUAUAUUCCAUAUUACAUAUUCCACUUUGCCCGAGGGACCUUGUAAACUCCGGGCUAUUACCUAUGCCACCAAUCUCGCGAUACUGCCUAUAGCACCACCCAUAAAAUGAUGGCUGGACUAUCAGACGGACUAUCAGACGCGUCACAACUUCCGAAAAUGACAAGCCCAAAAGUACGAUCCUCAUGCGACUCGUGUGGAUCAGCUAAGAUCAAAUGCGAUCGCAGUCGGCCUAGAUGCCGCCGUUGCGUUACCCUCGGUAUCGAUUGUAUAUACGGCAUCUCACGCAAACUCGGCAGAGUACCGAGAAGGGGGUUAUCUGCAAGAGCCAAUUCCGGAACUACAAUUAGAACAUCCACACAAGCGCAGAGAUUAUGGCCCGACACUAAUCCAGAGAGUUCUAUAAAUAUAGCUUUCGAGGAACCAAGACAAGUACAUGAGACAUUGCCAUCCGGAAGCAACACUGACGUUCCAGUAUCAAGCACUUAUAACCACGACCAGCUGGUGGGAUUGCAUCUAUUCAACCCUCUAGAUAUUGAGCAGUGGCCUCAGUUCGACUUCUCAGAUGUUGGUACUCGAAUUCACGGGGACCAAAAUACCCGUGGGUCUCAUAGCUGCGCCCGGGAGUCAUAUGAGAUUUUUGCAGAUCUGAUCUGCCCUGCUCCGGAUCUUCACGCUCCUAAUACUAACUCGGAUACUGUGACGGCCCGGCUGGAUCAGGUCCUACACUUCAAUAGGAAGGCGAUAGACCGACUAAGUGGUCUUUUAGAGUGCUCUUGCGCUAAGUCUGGCCAUAGAGUUAUGGUUCAUGCAUCAAUCAUCUCUCGGAUCUUAAUAUGGUAUCAGCAGGCCGCUGGAUGGCCUUGUAGUAUCUCCUCGGAACCUUCGUCAGCCGACAUGUUGCAUACUACCGAUGCUAUAUCCUCUUCGACUUCUUCAUCCUCGGGACCCGACGAAGCGGCAGGCGCUCGUUCCCCUAACUUGCGAAUAUUGCCCCGAACCACAGGCUUCGUCGUUACUGACGUACCGGCUACGUUAGGAACAUUUAGCAUUGAGGACCAGAAAAUGCAAGCUUCAAUAAGAAACCACUUAGUUCUGAGCGAGCUAAGCAACAUGUCAACCCUCAUCGAUCUUUUUAGUUCACAUUUUUCGGACGAGUCGUCAGUUGCUGGCGCCGGUAGCCUCUAUACGUAUAUCGCAGCGUGGCUUCGUAACGAAUACGAUAAGACUAUUAGAGAUCUGAGAGCUGAACGUAUAGCUCUAAAUGAUAUUUCAGAUACCUGAUUUAACGAAAUGAUACGUACCUAAGGUAUAUUUAUUAAAAUUUUAUUCGCCUUCAAAGUGUACCUUCGUCCUUCCAAGACUAUUCAUUUUUACCACUUGCUUUUUACAACGACUUAUCCUCUGGGUUCAUGUAUAAUUGGCCUUACACGAACACUUAUUUUAUCUUAUUCAAACUGAAUCGUCGCCCUAAAGAGUGAUGUAAGGUACUGGUCCCUCUAGAACG